AUGACAGAGACCCCAGCAUCUUGUAGCAGCUUGCAGCAGGUCCUGGACCGGAAACCAGAGUUCACUAAUAAUGGUCCACUGGACCAAUUUUUCGAUUCCUUACAAUCGCAGCUAAUCUCAAAGAUUUCGGAAGAUUCCAGCAUUCCGCUGUACCAAGAAGUAGGUUUCUCAAACAACGAAGACUUUGUGGCAUAUGUCUUGAGCAAGCUCGUCGAUCUAAGCUCUUUGACGCUGGCAACAGCCGAGAAUGACGCUUCAUCAGCACGGUUGGUACCCAUAUCGCUACACGACAUGAAAUAUUUCGAUUUGUUGGUAAACUUGAUAGUGAUACAUGGUGUAUACGCUAAUCUUCCACCGGGGAUUGGUAUCCCACUGGAACAACGAAGAAUUGACCAUUUUCGAGACAGAGACAAGAAGUACGAGGUGCCCUCUGGCCAUUCUGCCAAUUUGGCCACUUUGGACCGUGUAUGCAACGUUCUUUUCGCCAUUUUCACGGCAGCUCCACUAAAAUCAAACACCAUUGGACGUCUGCUACUCAAAGGAGCAGGUUUUUCGGAUCUGAUGACUGCUCUAGUCGUUCUCCAGCCGCACGGUGACGCAGCUCACAAACAGCAGUACCGCGAUAUGUUUGACAGGGCCGAAGACCUUCAAGAAACAUAUCAACUAUUUGCUUUAUACACACUGCUUGUUCAUUCUACCACAAAUUUGCAGUACAAGGAAUUGGCGCUUUCCAAACUGGCCACCCUCCCCAUCAGACGAACCAAUGGCGUAAUCAGCCUGAUUGAUUUCAUUGUGGGCGUUCGCGAAGACGAGGAAAUCGAUAUCAGCAAAUAUAACGGAGUGAGUCAGCUUCUUGUUGCAAAACCAAAAUCCAUGACCAGCGCACAAUAUUUCUCGAAGCUUUUUGAUCAAAUUUACGAAGGCCUCACUUUUGUCAACAAGCCGAUUCUCGUUAGCUGUCUAAACAACCUAGUGAGCGAGUUUUACUUUAAAAAUAAGAGAAUCGUUCAUGAUUUUCUAUUCAAAAGGAUUUCCGUUGUCCUGUAUAAUGAAACCCUACAGGAAUUCACAUCCAAAGCCCUUAAUGACACCAUAAAUGUCCUCAUAUCCCUUUCAAAGAGUCCCAGUGCUGAACUAACAAACGACAUAGCAAGUUUCGGCCCAGGAAACUUUUAUCUCACAUUAUGGAUCUACUGUAUGUUUUUGCGAAAGAAACAAAAAAUACAGCCUCGUAGCGGGGCGAAAGAAAUUGAUGCGCCAUAUUAUACUGUGAUACUAUCUCUACUGAAAGGGUAUCUUGUGAUCAACCGCGCCUACGGCGCUCUAGACUCGAUCGUCUCAAAUCUGGUUAAUUUCGAUCAUAGUAGUUGGGGCUAUAGAAUUGAUGCCGAAACACAACUUCCCAGCGUCAAGCUGCUGCCCUGUGGAAGCGAUUUCAACAAUGAUCUCAAACUGUCACAAAGAGACACUGCAGGGGACCUUAUAAAAAUGCAGCAGGUUUUUUUGGAUAUUGACCUAGCUGUCCAACUAUUCGCGCAGCUUUUGAAGCUACUCAACGAGCCCGAGGUCGUCAAGAGAAUUUUCCUCUCGGUCAUGAGUCGCUGGGUUAGCAGCACAAAAUCUCAAGACACUUCGAAGUCGCUUGCCGCCAAAGACGUUCAGGGUAGCUUAUUAGUGCUAGUUGAUCUCAAGUUGAUGGAGAAGCUCGACGAAGCAUUCAAAAACGACAUAAUAAAAAAGCCAAGAGAUGUUCUCAUAAUGAUAGAUGAACUUCUCGAGCUGCCGGAAGAGCAAGAAGAUGUUAGGGACGCUACAGAAGACUCCGAUGAUGAGAAUCAAGAUUCUGACGACGAUGACGUUAAUGACAACAGCGGUAAUGCUGACAAAACUUCUGCUGAAGAGGAUGAUCUUCUGCAGAACCCAAGAGCCACAAGCGUUUAUCUGACACUGCUUAAAUUGCUUUCAACGAUUAUGGCUACUACACCGAAGAGAGACCUUUUGCAAUGCCGUAAGGAGCUAACUUCAAUUCAAACAUCACUAGAGAGACAACCGACUGAUCCAGAAUCGCGUGCUCUGGUUAUGAAGCUUGCAAAUCUUUUACAUGGCGGUGACGAACAUAGCCUCGGCAUGGAGCCGGGAGAAUGCUCCGGCGAGUUUGACGCAGAGCAGAAGUUACAGCAAGCUAUGAUGAACGUCGAAGACACGCUGCCGCCGAUACGUGCGCACGGCCUUCACGAACUGCGGCAGCUCAUUGAGCAGAACUCGCCGGUGAUCAAUCUGAAACAGGUUUUGGAGUUACACGGGCGUCUACUUCAUGACAAGGAGCCAUUUGUCUAUCUCAACGCGAUCAAGGGUCUUUCUGCGCUUUGCGAGUUCGAGCCAACUCAAACUCUUCAAUACUUGCUAGAGGUGUAUUCAGGACUGUGUGCGGAGUCGAAGAAGGGCACGACAUUGGAUGAUGUGUUGAAGGUGGGGGAGGUAUUGGUGAAUUACGUUGAGACUCAAAACGAAAUGUUUGGCGGCCAAACAUCGCGGGCAAUCGUUGCAACAUGCUUGAAGAAUAUACAACAGCACGAAACGCUCGACGCACGUAUUAGAAUGUCAGCUCUGUCACUUCUCAGCGUGUGUGUGGAAACCAACUGCUUAGCCAUUCAAAACGAGUUGACAGACAUUAUGGACUGUGCGAUGGGGGUCUUGAGACUGGAGAGGUCUGAACAAUCUGAAAGUUCUGAAAACUCGUCUAAACUUCUGAGACGCGCCGCUUUACAUCUUCUUCACUCAUUGGUGACGUGUGCAAGCCCAAGUUUUUUCGCAGGACCCCAAGGUUACUCAAUUGCGCAACUUUCGAGCCUUCUGAACUACGUGAAGUCUACAGAUCCGGACUAUCUAGUGUACGACCAGGCCGGCACUUUACAACAAACUAUUCAAGAACUCUAUCAGCCGGCGCUGUCGUCCGUGCCAAUCGCAGAUCUCAGUCUCUAG